AUGAAGAGCCUGGCUCCAUCCUCUUGUCACUCUCCCUUUACACACUUACGUACAUUGACGAGAUCUCUCUCAGUCAUCUCUUCUCCCGAGGAGCGCAGAACUGGAGAGAGCGCUCCAGACGCGCCUCACCAGGGCAGAGCAGAGGAGCAGGGCGCCGACCCCGAGCUGCUGGCAGUGCCCUUCCUAACGCAGCCCAGGGCACCGCUGACUCCGUGCUACGUUUCGGGGGGUUCAGGCCUUUCCCUGGCGAUCCCCGCCGCGCUGUGCCCGCAGCCGCUGUGGUACCGGCCCGGUGAGCCCGGCACCGGCGCGGUGACUGUGGUACCGGCCCGGCGAGCUCGGCACCGGCCCGGGCUGGAAGACAUUUUGCUGAUUAAUUCAAAAUGUAACAACAAGAAGGCCACAACUUUACAGACGGUCAAGGUGCCGAGGAGCAAUGUUUUGGACCGAGUGCAGAGCUUUUUACCACAGAUGGCCCAGGCAAAUGAUGAGCUCAAAAGAAAAAUGGUAACAGCACCUGCUCAUCAGUUCGAUAUUGAACAUCUAGACAGUGAAACAGAAAAAGUUAUAGAAAUGAAUGUGGCCGUAGUUGAACUGAAUGAUUCUGAUACAGAUGAAGAGUUGCUGUCUUCAGAGGAUGACUCGGAAUCUGAUGAAGAUGACUCUGUAACUGAGGAAGUGACAGUAGACAACAUUAAGUUUCCUAAACAAAAGGGAGAAAAGGGCAAAAUAGAAAUUUUGGACAGCAAAGCAAAUGACACUGCAGACAGCAUAUCCUAGGUGUGGAAUCAAGUGCUUCGUGUAGUCAUCAAGAUUCAAACUCUGCUGAAAGUCU